AAAACUGAAAUGUCUUCUAACAUCUAUUUGACGACAUCAUAAAUUCAUGAAUUGUUUUCUAUUUGUGAACUAAAAACAACUGAUGUUAAGAGGCUUGAAAUCCCCUCAUUUAACUAGGUAUAGCAAAGUGCAUAUUUCCCUGAGUUCCCGGAUGAAGUAUAAAUUUUUAGAUUAUAUACUAGCCAUGUCAAUAUUCUUCUGAUUCAAAGAAAGAAGAUUAGUACACGACCAAUCAUACAAAUAAUACUAAUAGGCAUCCUAGCUAAGAUUCAAUCUUUGAAAUUAAAGAUGACACAGUUAGAAGUAUAUCAAAUUAAUCAUUUAGUUCAGUAUCAAAGUUAGAAUAUGAGAAUUUAAAAAGAGAUGCUCUUUGUUAUUAAUCUCUGGUCAAAUAAAAUAAAGAAUUGAAAACCUUAAAAUCGUUCGUCAUUCAACUAAAUUAAUAAAAAUGUAAUAAAUAAUUUCUAAUAUUAAGCUUAGAUCACUCUUUUGUAAGAGAGUAAUAAAAAAAUGUAGGGACACAUAUAAGAUCUUUUAUAGAAUUUAAAGUCUAUUGAAAAUGAAAAUUAAAAAUAUUAAGAUGAUAUAUUAUAACUAAGAUUAUAAAUUUAAGAUUAAUUAAAGAUCAUAUAAUAAGGUAAGAUAGAUUAUGAAAAAUAAAAAAUAUCAAUUAUUCAAAAAGAUGAAGCUUAUUUCAAAUUAAAGGAGAGUUUUGAUAAAUUUUAAAAAGAUUCAGAAAAGACUAAGAAUAGCAAAAGUGCUUAAAGAGGAACUUACUAACCAAAUAAUACUUCGAUAUCUUUAGUAAAAGGAUUAUCCAAGGUUAAUCUUAAAAAUUAUUGUAAUCAGAGUUUAAUUAUUGAAAAAUAGAGUUGA